AUGCCUCCUAGUCGUAGCACGAAGCGGACAUACUCGGGGUCCCCGGUGGACCCUGAGGAAUCUGGGAAGAAGCGCAAGGCGAACACCAAUGGUAAAACGACUACCAAGGAAGGUUCUCCCUCUCCUUCCUCUUCCUCUGAUUUUUUAUCAGACGAAGCUGAAGGUCACCCUUCCGUUCUGCCAGAGAACUAUGUUGACUACAGUAUGAUGUCCCAAGGUGGCCAUAAUGAGGGGCAUACUCGUCCCCCGAGACAACAGCGAUGGAGACACAAUGGGAAUGAGCCUAUUACCGAUCCAGUGUUUGUUCCAGAAGGUUGGAAUGCCGACGAAUUAGACCUCGAUAUCAACGAUCUUGACGGCCAAAUUGAGAGAUGUAUGGAGAGGAUCAGCGAUGGAAUCCUACCCGAUUUCUUCAAGUUCAGACUGUCUCAGUAUGAGAAAAGAAAGGCUUCUCGCGAUGAAAUGAUCCAUUCUGAACCGGCCGGACUCAGCUGGGACAUCGUUCGACGCUUGGGUCAUUUGAAAACUAUCGAGACGCAUCUGAGAACAAAUGGGGACCCGGAUGAUCAGCUUCCCAAUGUCAAAGCUAUCACUAAAGCUUACAGAGAAGGCACAUUGGGUUGGUCUAGAGGAUGGGUCAGCUACUGGUCGAAGGGCGUGCAAGUGAAUACGCCCCAGAAGUUCGACGCAGAGUAUCAUAAAAAGCUGGCUGAGGAGUACGAUACCACCAGAGCGUGCUUCAACCUCCAGGCGGUGCCACUCUGGGAGAGUUUCACUCGUAUCCGCCUUCAGCUAUCGCCUGGUAGUCAAGCUUCUGGUUAUAGUGCUCUCACCAUCUUGGUGUGUCAUGACACUGGCGCCGAUAUCAUGGGAAUACCUAAAUGCUAUCUAGACCAGCUGGAGGCGUUGGGUAACCGCGUCCCAGUUCAAGGCUAUAAUAUCAUGGACAUUCCUGGCUCACGGGCAUGUCACAAAGUUGUGGAGCUUGACGUCCGUCUGGCUACCUACGGCAACCAUCCUGUGUCCCAUUGGAUGAAAGUACAGGCCUGUGUCAUCGAAACUAUGUCGGGGGAACAAUUUGGAAUGCUUCUUUCGGGACCUUUCCUGCGGUUUGCGGUCUACACUGCAACAGCUCCAGAUGGACAGGGAAAUCUCUAUGUUUGCAAUCAUAAGAAGGAACUAAGGCAGCUACCAGCUGUGCCCCAGGACCUUUUCCCAAGGGGACCGCCAUAUGUGCCUACCGCUGCUCCAGCACCAGGCGGUGGACCACCACCCCAAUUUCUACUAGAAAAGCAGAUAUUUACAACGACAGGACCCUUAGUGCACCCACUACAAGUACCACCACCGCACCUUGUAGUCAGCCGGCCUUCGCCGCCUUGGGAGGGUACUUCUUCCCAUCCUUCUCAACUUGAGGUGUGCAGGCACACCAUUCAGCUUCGGGAACUGAGUCCAUCACCGAAGGGAUAUGGCUUCCGCAACCCCACCAGGUGA